GGCUGACAAGUGGCGCAUAAUUUGGCUGGUAUUGAUUCAACAAAGCCAAACGCCACGUAUUGCCACGGCGACAGGCCGUCAGGUAAUCUGGCAGGGAAUGACUUAAUGGCAUAAUCAUUUGUGGUUUUAUGGCUAACUGCUACGCACUCGAGCCGACUCGAUUCCAUUAAUUCAAAAGAAUGGCAGCCGCUGCAGCAAAGAACUGGUCGGGGCUGGUGAAUCUUUGCCUGGGUCAGGAGCGUGAGAAGAGGCCGGCAAGCAGCCAGCGCGGAUCGCUGACCAAGUCCCAUAUCGGCGUUUCCUUACCGAUGGGUGCUCCGGCAGCAAAGCCCACCAUGCGGUUCAUGCCCACCUACCGCCUGGAGUCCAAAAAUCCGCUCAACAAGGAGCGCGUGGAGAACAUCAUUAAGGCGGUAAUGAACCGACACUACAACGAUGAGUACAUGUUCCAUCCCAAGCACUCGCUGCACAUGGCAGCGCAAGUUAGCGAGGAAAUCAAGAACCGCAUCAAACUCGACAACUACGACAGAUAUCGAUACAUAGUGCUGGUUACUGUGGGCGAGUUCCUGAUGCAGGGCCUCUACUCCAUGGUCAACUUCCUGUGGGAUGCUGAAAAAGACGGAUUUGUGACCUACAGCGUGGAGAGACCCUCUUACUUUGCUGUCUGCACCACCUUUUACCUGUACUACGAUUGAAAUCGAGAUUCCAGAGCUUUGGUGCGUUCCAGUUGUUAAUAAAAUUAAAGUUGAUGCUAGCUUAAUUUGUGCUUAAUUGCAUUACCUUCCUUGGUGAUCAGAUGGUUCACUUUCUUCCACACUUGGUUGCACUAUAACUCACAACUCACAUUUUUUAACACUAGAUUUUAUAACUCGUAGGAUGCAAUAGCUGUCGUUUAUUUGGAUAUCAGUAC